AUGCCACCAGCGCAGUUCCCAGCAGGUCUCGCCUCCUCGACUGUGGGCGGUGCUUCGAGACGUUCUCCACGCCACCCACGUAAGGCUACUGAGAAGAACACCGGCCGCUCCUCAAGCAAAAACAGCUCUAAGCCCAAGGCUACGAGGAGAGUAGAAGACUCGCCUAAGGAAGAUGCAAGCGGAGAUCUUCUAAAGGCUGUCCAGUCUGACUUCGAUGCUCUCCGAACCCUGGUUACCUGCAAAAUUUGCGACAGGCUGCUGUACGAGCCUUACAUCAUCUCAUGUGGCCACACAUACUGCUAUAGCUGCUUGUGCCAGUGGUUCGUCAGCAACAGAACCAAGAAGACAUGUCCGGAUUGCCGAGCCGUAGUCAAACAAGCACCAGCCCCCGCGUAUCUUAUCCGGGAAAUGACCCUAGUCUUCAUCAACAGAGCCGAGCUCUUACCUCUCGGAGAAACUCUUGAACAGCACGUGCAGUGGCAAAAGGAAGAGUCAGAAAUAGUUCAACACGACAAGACCAACGCCGACAGCAAAACCGGAGGUUUAUUCAGAGGGUGCUUCAAACACCGCCCUGAGACCCCUCGCGCCAUCCGGGACGAGGGGGAUGGCGUAGACCGCUGCCCAUUUUGCAUGUACGAGCUGGAAGGUGGAGCAUGCAUACGAUGUGAGCUGCAGUUUGGGGAAAGUGGUAGCCUGACAUUCGGCGAAAGUUUCGGCGGGUUUAGCGACAUGGAUGAAACAUCUGAGCACGGAUUGUCCAGCGAAGACCUAGACGCAGAACUCGAGAUGGACGAUGGCGAUAUCGAUCUGGGCCUUGAAGUUUACGCCGACGGUGCAUAUGACGCCUGGCACGACGAAAUGGCAGAUGAUGAACACUCUUUCGCCGUCAGGAGAUGGCUGCAGAAUGGUGGAACUGCACGACCGCCUGCUGGCUUUGGUACCGGUCCUCGGCGCCGGGCCGCGCAUAGUGCGGCGGGCAGUAGGCGACGGUCAUACACCGCCAGUUUUAUUUCUGGGAUUGACGAGGACUCGGAGGUUGGCACUUCUGAAGAAGAGGAAGAGGAUGGGGAUAUCGAUACACGACCGCCUUCUCGCCCUGCCCAGUAUCGGCGCCGGGGCCCGCAUGACGCGGCGGGCAGUAGGCGACGGCCAUACCCCGCCAGUCUUGUUUCUGACAUGCACGAGGACUCGGAGAUUGGCACUCUUGAACAAGAGGAAGAGGAAGAGGAUGACGACGAUGUUGAAGAUUCAUCCAUGAACGAUUUCAUCAAUGACGAGGACAGCGACGUGGAAUCUCACAGCAAUGCUCCAACGCCUUCAGGCGUCCAGCAGUCGCAAGGUCCGCAACGGCAGCAGCGCAGGCCGCGACGCGUCGUAGACUCGGAUACGUCGUCCGAUGGCUCCGACGACGAUGACGAACGAGCGGACGAAGACGAAGAACCACUACCAAGCGGUCGGCGACGAUAUCAGAUAUUGUCUCAACGCGGCCAGCGACCGAAUCAGCGACCUAGUAUUGCCCCUUCUGUUUCCACCGAUGUUGCAUCCUCGGAGCACGACCUUGACGAAGAAGAUGCCGAAUUACUAUAUCAAGCAGGGUGGUCGCCGCUUGGCCACAGAGAGCAGGAUGGAAUGGAGGAAGAUAAUGAUGACAGCGAUGGGGGAAGCACGACCGUUGGGUGGGAGCCGACCGCGAUCUCCAAUGAACGAUCUCGAACUGCUGGUUCUCUAACGUCUCGUACAGGUAGACGUUUCGUCCCCAUUCAACCACCUUCUCGAGCGGGUGAUGCACAUUCCCUCGACGGAUCUGGUGGCUUGCGACGGAGGAGACCCGCCCUCUCAAAUACGCCUACGGUCAGCUACGACGAUGAUGAGGUCGACGACAACGACUCGGGAAUGGACGUGGAGGACAGCAGUGAUUUGGGCGGCGCUUCGUCAAGCAGUCGUUCAUCAGCAGUGCGAUUGCGUGGCAAUAUUGUACCUACAAAUCAUUCAACACCGUCCAAUACUGUCGAAUCUUCUCUAGAUGACACCAGUGACGCAGACACGGACGGCGCAAACUAUACUUCUGCUCAAUCUCAUCAGCGCCGUCAGUCGUGGUGGUCAAGGCAGCAGGAUUAUGACCGACGCAUUAGCGAGCUGCUUGUUCGACGCCAGUCUGAAAACUAUAGGAUGCGAAACCAUAUGCCUUCAUUAUCAGAUAUCAACUCUGUGGCUCGUCAAAUCCAGGAAUCGCGAAAUUCUUUCUCACUAAAUACGCCGCUCAACGUUGGGGCUCGACAGUUGAGACAGCAACUGGGGGAACAGUCAUCCCUGGCAACGUUACGGCAACGAGUUUCACAGCGCGCUCUUCACCAACAGUCUUCUCAAACAAAUGUAAGGGACGGUACUGCUCAGCCCUCGAACGUCCACGCCCAAGUACCGUCUAUCGAUAUUCAAUCGCAGCCAUCGCACGGCCGCGUGCAACCUCUGUCUUCUAGUCGAACACUAUCGGCUCAGGCCCGUCCAUCGCCCCUUCAGCGUCCAGCUGCCAUUCAAGCAUCAACAUCUAGCACAACCAUUCCUCCCUACCUAUUGCCUCCGUUCUCGAGGGAAGGUAGGCAGCGAUGGGUGGCUGAGAGGGAGGAGGUGGCUGCGAGGAGCGUCUUUAUGCCUCCGUUCCGUGAAUGA